CCCCACUGGCAUUCAGGCUUUUGCGCUUCAUGCUUUCACUGCGCGCUCCCCCCGUGACUGUUACUGGGGUCCUUCAGGGCUCCCCAGGUGAACACAAGGAUCACACCCAUCCAGUUGGAGCAAGGGGAUGACUGAAAGAAGUUGUGUAAACCAGAAAAUCCGGCGGUUCUGACGGUGCAGUCCUCCAAAACCAACAUGAUGUCUGCUAUAGAGACUGGUACCCCUGUGUACCAACCUGCACAGCUGCUCAACUGGGUCUAUAUGUCCUUGCAAGACACUCAGAGCGGCGCUUUUGAUGCGUUCAAAGCCGAGUCGGACACUUCUCCUCAGGACAUGAACAUCUCCAAGCGCAGCGCAGCUGAUCUGAGUUCCAACUAUCUCAACAACUUCUUCCAUCUGAGGAGCGAGGCCCUGAAUAACAAUUUCUAUAAGAGCUCCUCGCCCUACGGGUCCCUGAACAACAUCGUCGACGGCCUGAGCUCUCUGGCAGACCAUUUCUCAGACCUCUCCCUAUCCCCAGAGACACGCAAACCCAGCAAAAGGCCGCCGCCCAACUACCUGUGCCACCUUUGCUUCAACAAAGGACACUACAUCAAAGACUGCCCUCAGGCUCGACCCAAAGGUGAAGGCCUGACGCCCUAUCAGGGAAAAAAGAGGUGCUUUGGUGAAUAUAAAUGCCCUAAAUGCAAGAGGAAGUGGAUGAGUGGGAACUCCUGGGCCAACAUGGGACAAGAAUGUAUCAAGUGCCACAUCAACGUUUACCCUCAUAAGCAGCGACCUCUGGAGAAACCAGACGGGUUAGAUGUGUCAGACCAGAGCAAAGAACAUCCGCAACACCUGUGUGAAAAAUGCAAAGUCCUCGGCUACUACUGCCGCCGUGUGCAAUAACUCCUCCAACGUUUUAUCAAAAAGGGACAAUUAAGUUAAUGUAGUUAUUUUAAUUACUAAAAAUACACGAUAAUAAGCUUUAUUGUGCUGUAUGCAUCUAACGGUUUAUUAUCAAGAAACAUUCUCUCUGACACUGUGACUGUCAGUAUAAGAGGUUCAUUUUUCUACAGUAUCAUUCAGUGGAGAAAAGUACUUUGCAUUUUUUUUUUGGGGUUCUUGUAACUUACUCAGAUAUCAUUAUGUGAAUAUUCAUCUUAAGUCUGAACUAUGAACCUUAAAGAGCCCCUCCAGACACGUAUUAAGACAUAAUACAAAUGUCUGCUUGGAACAGUAAUGUGUAUCUGAUGUGCUUUUUCCAUAAAAGUAAUUUAAGUAAGUAAUUUCCACAUUAAAAUCCUUUAAAAGGCCUCUACCUCAUAAAAAAAUCCCAGAAUCUAUGAAUAUGCAUGUAGGCUAUGAAUAUGAAUAUUUUCCUGCUGGAUACAAGAUCUCUCCUACUCCAUUCUCAGUGUGUUUGCACUGGUGGCUUCAAGUUUCUACAUCACAUUUGUGUAAGUUGUAUUCUGGACCUAAGGCCUGUUCCAUAAUACCAUACCUACCAUACAUAACAAAUAAGCCAAACUUAUUUCGGUUAAUCUGACUCAUUUUCACUUGAUUCGGUUCCAUAAAGCAAAUUCAACAUAGUUCAAGCUCAGUUACUAUGGUAAUUUAUGCAGGGAAAUUAACCCUGUACGUUGCAAGCUACCUAUGGAAUUAUUAUAGUGCCAACACAAAUUGAAUCUGAAUUUAAUUUAAAAUUUAAAAAUAUUGUAUGCAAAAUCUGAAAUUGUGUUUCACAGAUUGAAAUUGAAUCUUAUGGUUUGAAACGGAAUUUAACUCGUAUUGUUUUCCCAUUCUGUCAUGGCUGAAAAAACACCUGCAACUCACAGGUAAGUGUGUGCGCUUAUCAAUGUAUUUAGCAUUUCUUUAUGCUGAAAUAAAGCCUUUCUUAGGUCUGAUGACAUGUAAAAGAUGUGGUUACUGUGAGAGCUUCAUCUUUACUUGUCUGAGUGUGAGCUCACAUCUGCUGCAAAAGAUUGUCUUUUGCUUUGUUAAUGGCAGAGCUUCUGUUUUAUUUAUCUAUAAUAUGCAUGAUAUCUUUCACAAUUCAUUUUAUUGUGAGUUGAUGUAAUAUAUUUGGUCUGUGUUUCAAAGUCAGUUCUUAAAACCAGACUUCAUUUCUUGUGAUUUGAUUAUCUCUGCAUUGGCUUUAUAUAUUUUUUUUUAACAGUUUAAGCCUGGUUCAAUUUGUUAGGAUAAUUCAAGCCAGGCUUUUUUACAAUAAGACCUGCUUUUUUCAGCCAAUUCUCUGGAACAGGCCCCAGGACUGAUUUUCAAACUGUUUGGGAUGUCAGAAAUCGUGCUUGUAGGCCCUGCCCCUCAAAAUCAGAUUUUCAGUGAACACAGAGAAACUUUCUACUUUCAGCAGAUGAAUGUGAAAACAUGCUUCUAGUAUAUAACUCUGCAUAUCAUCACAAGUCAUUCUAAACAGUGAAGCUGAAACAUCCAACUGUAGAAAAAAGAAACAGAUUUUUGACUGGAGGGGGACUUUAACAAUCUUACCAACUGUGAAUUAAGAGACUUUAUGAAACAAAAUUCAUGUUAAAAGUUUCCAGAUGAAGGAUUCUCUUUUACAUGUUUGUAUAUUCCAGAAAUAACUUAAAUGAAAUGAUGUUUUCUGUAUAAAAUAUGCAACAAGUCUUUACUAAGAGGGAUAUGCAGUAUUAAUGUGUAUCUGCAUUAUUAUCUGUACUGCAGGGUACAUAAUUUUGGAAUAUAUUUUUAAGCCAUUACUUGUUGAUUAUUAUUACACUUUGUGAUGGAAUAUAUUAGCCUACUAACAUCUAUUCUUUAUAUGCUAUGUGCCUGUAUUUCUGAGGACAUAUUUUAGGUAGUUUGUCGCUCCAAAGUCUUAUAAAACUGUACACCAACACAAUAUGGUAGAACAUUUUAUUUUCUGAAAAAUAGAAUAAAUUACAGCAUUAGUCAUAUUUUGGCACCCAGUGCCAAGAAAGACUCACAGUGCUUUUUAUGGGUCAUAGGUUGUAAUGUCUUAUAUGUAACAUGAGACAAAAAGGAAUAAAAAUCUGAAUGUACCAAAGAUCAUGAAGGAUUAAGUGAAAGUUGCAUGUGCAUGUUGCUUUAGAGGCUUUUUGUAUUUCAAUUGUAAUUCAAAAUUGUGAUGAUAAAUGAAUACUGAACAGAAAUGCUCUUUGACUUUUAACUGUUUAAGAUGUGUGAAAUGCCAUUUAAUGUGCCUUAGUUUGAGUGCCCCAUGAGAUUGAUCCCUUGAUACCCUAAAAUGUUUUUGUAUUAAAAUAUAUUUAAACAUGC